AUGGACUAUCUUCCGGACGUUGCAGAAGGGGUGCUUGGACUGUCGUAUUUCAAGAAAUACUUCGACAAGGCCAACGAGGUUGUCAAUUAUUCUUUCAUUGACGAAAUAUUUCACGUGAACCAGGCAGAAGAGUUCUGGAACGGUAACUUCCAUGUUUGGGAUCCGAAGAUCACCACGCCCCCGGGACUUUACUAUUUGGCAUACGGAUGGUUGAAAGCUACGGGAUUGGAAUUCACACUUGAGAAUUUGAGAUUGCUCAAUCUUGUGGGCGGGGCGGUUUUGCUUCUCACAACGUACUUUGUCAAAAGACGGAGUAACCGUGGUGUUGGUAUUCUUUCACUAUUUUCGUCUCCAUUGUUGACCAUUUAUUACACGCUUUUCUACACAGAUAUAUGGUCUUUGGUGCUGGUGCUUCAAUCGUUUGUGAUUUCAUCUUCUUUCGAGCCUAGUCUGUUGACAGCCACCAGUGCCUCGCUUUUCGGCUUUGCAAGUUUGUUCUUCCGUCAGACUAACAUUAUUUGGCUAGCAUUUGCACUCGCCGUCAUGAUUGACAAAUUGGCCAAAAACCAGUACAAAGAUGUUCUCACACAGGAUAUCUUUGUGUUUGUCAGGAAAGCAUUGACCAGCUGGGGUAUUGUGUCGCCGUUCCUAAUGGUGUUUUUGGCCUUUGCCAAUUUUGUCAUUCAAAAUGGUGGCAUCACCCUCGGAGACUCUGCCAACCACGUUGUGGUGCCACACCUGACCCAGGUGUUCUACUGCUUUACUUUCCUCACAUGUUUCUCGAUUCCCCUCUGGCUCUCGCCGAAAUUCAUCGAUGGCUACGUCCAGUCGUUGGUUGCAAGAAAAUACCUCGUGCUCAACGCGUUCUGGUUUUUCUUGAUCUUCUUCAUUGUUCAGAACUUCUCGUUUGUUCAUCCGUUCAUCCUUGCAGACAACAGACACUAUACCUUCUACAUUGUGAGAAAGAUCCUCUUCAGAACAGAGUACUCGAGAUUCUUUCUUAUUCCAGUUUAUCAUUUUGCCUCGUACACCGUCUACAAACUGUUCACCAAAAACAACUCGAAAGUGCUCUACCUGGCCUUCCUGGCAUCUGUGGUGUUGACAAUUGCCCCAUCUCCUCUGUUUGAGCCACGUUACUUCAUAGUGCCGCUUGCGUAUUGGAGACUGCAAGUGCAACCAGAACAAAGCUACUCGGCCCUGAGACUCGCUCUGGAGUCUGUCUGGAAUUACUGGUUUUCGAAAUCAUUGUUUGAUGUCUAUUUCAAUUACGUCUUCCAAUGGGAAGAUCUUCCAGACUUGCAACGUAUCAUUUGGUAG